AGAAACACCUCUAUAAAAACUCCCAGCUGCAUUUCAACAUAACAACAACGAGCCAACCUUGACUUAAAGAUGUCGGCUUUGCUCCUCUAUGUGAUGCUGACAGCGUGCGCUGCAAGUCCGCAGGAUCUUUCAGGAAAAAUGUUUACAUUUCCACAAGAAACCAACACCGCCAGCGUGAAGCUGGAUGUAUCCACACACAAUUUAAAUGCGGUGACAGUCUGUCUCAGGUUCUUUACAGACCUCCAGAGAGCCCAUAGUCUAUUUUCUCUGGCCACACCGUCUUCUCAUAAUGGCUUUCUGAUAUUUAAAGAGUCAACUGCCGAUACAGUUAGUUUAUAUGUGAACAAUAAAGCAGUGCAAUAUGUAGUGGGCUACGAGUUGAAUACAUGGCACUCUGUUUGUUCCACGUGGCAUGCUGAUUCUGGAUUAGGCCAGCUGUGGUUUAAUGGACAGCCUUUAGCUCAGAAGUUCCUCGGUGGAUCGCAGAUCAGUAAACCAAUUGUUGUCCUAGGACAGGAGCAGGACAGUUAUGCUGGUUCGUUUGACACCAAGCAAUCUUUUACUGGCAUGAUGGCCGAUGUUCACAUGUGGAACUAGAUCUUGUCUCCCUGCGAGAUCAAGAACUAUGUGUAUAACUUGAAUUUCACUCCAGGGAAUGUGCUGAACUGGAGGGCCCUGACGUUUGAUGUUACUGGAAGAGUGUUGAUAGAAGACAAGCAAAAAAGCUGUCACUACAGCCAAUACACAAAAAUGCCUUGUCCAAACAAGUCUGGCUACUAAAGGGUAAACGUUCUUUAGCUGUGAACAUAACCAAAAUACUGUGUGUUAGAAAAGGGGGGUAUUUGAUCUGAGUAAAUUUCUAACAAAAUGUAUAAUCAUUUAAAUCAUGUAUAACAGGUGAAUAUUACUUAACCAGGUGAUUGAAUUCAAGCAAUAUUUGGUAGACAGUAUAUACAUGAUUAACAUACUGUAUAAUUGUAUAGGAUGUAAGUUUAACUCAGUUUAAAUCAAUAUAGUAAAUACAUCUGUGAAGGUAAGUAGACCAGCAAAAUUCUGAAAAAUAAUUAAUUCACAUUUUACAAUACCCAGAGUAUCAAAGUUAGCCUAGAGAAGACAGAACUGGUCAAUGGUUGUGUAAUUCAAUUAACAUUUGCAGUUUAAAAUAAAUAAACACAAACUUUGGAUAAAACUG